AUGAAGAACAGCCUGGAGAAAAUUCAGGAAGAGCUGAAGUUCCAUCCUCCUGUGCUUCUGAAACUAGAGGAUAUAGAGCUGAUGAACGGGAUGAUUAAUGGGUACACAGAAGUGCACAUGGGGUCUGCCCCUAUCUACAGAAUGCAACCUGUGACUCCUUUGGGGAUUCUGUCCCUUGUUCUCAGUAUCAUGUGUGGGGCAUUGAACCUCAUUCGAGGAGUUCAUCUAGCGGAGUAUUCUUUUCAGGAAGACCACGAGGGAAUUGGAAAUGUAAUAGCAUUUCUCCUUUCUUUUCUAGCCUGCAUUUUUCAGGGCAUUGUGGGACAGCUCCUGAAAGCCAGCAAUGGUCGAUGUAAGCAACGCAGUAUCUGCCUUGACACCAUGUCAACCUAACUAAAGUGACCUUGGCUCUACGCUGCUCAUGGAGGGGGAGUUA